AAGCAUGAUUCGCGCAUCCAGUGCUGCCUUCGCAAGCGCUCGGAGUUCUUCGGCAUACGUCGAUAUCCCCAAUAUCUUUCUUUUUCUGCGACGGUGAGCAGCUGCGGCGCCGGAGUAGGAGCAGGAUGACGAUGUUCCACUUCGUAAAUUGCGUGAUUCUCACAUUCGGCCCGCAUGCCGUUUACUACUCCGCCACUCCACUAUCGGAGUAUGACACUAUUGGGACGUCAGUGAAAGCCUUGGUCGUUUAUCUUGUAACAACACUGGUGAAGCUUAUUUGCCUUGCAACCUUUCUAAAGGUUUCUGAGACUGACACCUUUGAUCCAUAUCAGGAACUGAUGCGGACACUUAUUGGCUUCAUAGACAUUGCUGGGAUUUAUUUUGCAUUGACUCAAUUGACUCAUAGGAACAUCUCUCAAACGCAUAAAUUCCAAGCUGUUGGACUAGGGUGGGCUUUUGCUGAUUCAGUUCUAUAUAGGCUGGCACCUCUUUGGAUUGGUGCUAGAGGCUUAGAAUUUACAUGGGAAUACAUAUUCCAAGGCCUUGAAGCCAAUGCAAAUCUGGUUCUGAAUUUAUCACUUGCUGCGUUGGUAUCGUUGAUGUGGCUUAGGAAGAACAAACCCAAAACUGUAAUCCCAAUUAUUUAUGCCUGUGCUGUCAUACUUGCGUCAAUGCCAUCCACUGUCAGCUAUUUGAGAAAGGCGCUGGGGUGGCAACCUCUGAAAGUCGUAGGAUUUGAGCUAACCUCAUCGCUGGUGAUGGCUUUUAUUAGUUGGCAGCUUUAUUACGCAUGUCAGCGACAAGUAUGAUAAACUAAAAGUUUCAAAGAAACUGAAUAAUUCCUGUCGGGGAAAGACAAUUCAGAUCAGGAGGAGCAAUCGCUUUCCAUGCUCUGGUAUUGAUUAAAUGGGUUGAGAAAUGAUUGGUGAUAAGCUUUUUUGUUACUUAUUUUUGGCUGUUUCCUAUGCCUAUUCCCAUUGCUGAGACUAGCAAUCUAUCUAUUAUUUCUUUCUGGUUGUGAACUCUACGGCUCUGUUGAAACCUUAAAAAGCCCCAAUGAUAUGCAAUUUGUCAAAAUUUUGUUCA